AUGGACACAUUAGGACCCCCGUUACUGCAGUCAAGCAGUGAUCUAGAUAUGCAACCGAAUACACAGGAACGUAUGCAUUUACAGCAGCAACAGAUUCAACUACAUGAAAAUGUCCAUGCAGGAUCUAUUAACGGGGCGUUGUCAAACGGCAAUGGUAAUGGAUUUGUUGACCCCAGGGUCCUAACUACUACGGAAGACAUGGCAGUCACCUAUGAUUAUCAUGACCCAGAGGAUGAAUUGUAUUCAUCAUCAUCAGAAGAUACAAAGAUUGUAGCUAUUCCACGCCAAGCAUAUCUCCCUUCUGGGGUUUGUUAUGACGAUCGAAUGAAGCUUCACACCUCUGGAGACUAUUCAGAUAACACGGCACACCCAGAAGACCCUCGGCGGAUAGAACAUAUAAUGAGAGCCUUUAAAGACGCUGGCUUAGUUUAUACUGGUAGUGCGGAAAACAUCGAGAAAAUUCUCAAGGAAUCACCUAACAAGUACAUGCAGCGUAUCAUGGCAAGAUUAGCCCGAAAAGACGAGAUCUGUCUGGCACAUACUGCAUUUCAUUAUGACUGGGUUGAGUCGUUGUUAAGCAUGACCUCUGAAGAAAUGCGUGAGGCGAAUCAAAGAUAUGAUACUGGCCGAAAGUCUCUUUAUGUUGGACCGUGUACUUACGACGCGGCACUUGUCGCCGCAGGUGGUGCGAUAGAAACUUGCAAACAUGUUGUUGUGGGGAAUGUAAAAAAUGCCAUUGCCAUUAUUCGACCGCCUGGACAUCACGCCGAAGAGAAUGAGGCGCUAGGAUUUUGUGUCUUCAACAAUGUGCCUAUCGCUGCUAAAGUCUGUAUGGCGGAUUAUCCUGAGAUAUGUAGAAAGGUAUUGAUUCUGGAUUGGGAUAUUCACCAUGGAAACGGCACCCAAAACAUGUUUUACGACGAUCCAAACGUCUUGUAUAUCUCAAUCCAUGUAUAUGACAAUGGCCAAUUUUAUCCCGGUCAACCUGAUGAUCCUAGCCUUCCCGACGGUGGUAACGAUAAAGUCGGUCGUGGACCCGGCCUUGGCAAGAAUGUCAAUAUCGGAUGGGUCUCUCAAGGUAUGGGAGAUGGAGAGUACAUGGCAGCAUUCCAAAGGAUUAUCAUGCCUAUUGCCCAAGAGUUCGAUCCUGACCUUGUCAUUAUUUCUGCAGGAUUUGACGCUGCCGCGGGAGACGAACUUGGAGGAUGUUUUGUAACACCAGCCUGCUAUUCUCACAUGACCCAUAUGCUCAUGUCUCUCGCUGAUGGAAAGGUGGCAGUCUGUCUCGAGGGAGGUUACAAUUUGGCAGCAAUCUCACAAUCUGCUCUUGCAGUCGCCAAAACUUUAAUGGGAGAACCGCCAAUUAGACUUCCUAUUCCACCGUUGAAUAAAACCGCUGCCGGAGUUUUCGAAGAAGUCAAGUACUAUCAAUCUAAAUAUUGGCAAUGCAUGCGAUCUGGAGUCCUUGACUACAAGGACCCAAGAUUCAGAAGAGCCCUUCGUCUUGAUGAUCAAAUCAGAAAUGGUCAAAGCAAUACGUUGAAGACUAACUACCGGAUGACUUCCUUGUGGAUUCAACGGCAUCAACUUGCAAGAUCCUUUGAUAAUCAAGUUAUGGUUACCCCAUAUAUCAAUCUUGCGAAGAGAUUAUUGAUAAUCGUUCAUGAUCCCCCGACAUUGCAUGCUUCCCCUGAUCCAGACACAGCUCAAAUCGCCUUACAUAACGCCUUUAUUGUCGAACCUCCACUUAAUGAUUAUAUCGCCUGGGCUAUUGAAAAUAAAAUUGGUGUAAUGGAUAUCAACAUCCCGUUGAAUACAGACAUUGCCCCUCCUGCCACCAGUCGUUACCCAUCCCACCCUGGUAUGACUGAACUCGAAAGUCAAAUGAAAGAUCUUGUUUGCUAUAUUUGGGACAAUUUUAUUCAACUUUAUGACUCAGACAAUAUCAUGCUCAUGGGCGUUGGCGACUCUUACCUUGGUAUUAAACAGUUACUCACCUCUAGAGAUUGCCGUAAUCGCCUUGCCGGUAUACUUGCCUUCAUAACUGGUAGUCUUAGACCUGUCAAGAGUGAAACGGAUUCAGCUCUAAGUAGUUGGUACAAGGCAAAUAGUGAGAUCUACGUUGCUGACAAACAUGCGUGUUGGAAUGACGAAGAGAGCAUCAGGAAGGUCAAGAAACAGCGGUUUGGAAAGGUGGUGCGAAGUGAAGAGACAGACUUGGCAAGUAUGGUACAGAUACAUCAGCCGAGGGCAAAGAAGUGGAUGCUUGCAAAGUUUGACGAGAAAGCGGUAAAUGAUCAGGUUAUGGUAAUGGGGGAUGAGAUUCCGGUGACUGAUAUUGAUGGUGGUAGCAUGUCAACAAUGAUGGAGACUCAAUUUUUGUAA